AUGGCCAGCACACCUGCUCCGGCUCCAUUUGCUUCAACCGCCGGUGGAUUUGGUGGAUUUAGCCAGCAGUUCGGUGCCCCACCGAACAACUAUGCACUCCCCAACAGCAGCCUAGGCAAUGCCCCUGCUGCCUACCCACCGAUGGGUCAGGUGAACUCCGGAUACGGCUCCUCUAGCACCUCCCACUCUGCCGCCUCAUUCGCCAACCCAGCGACCCAGGCGGCAUUCACUGGUGCUGAUCACGGUGUGCCCUCGACUAGCGCCUCCAACGGUGCCUUCUACGGCACCGAGGGUUCCAGCGACCCCUUCGCCUUCCUCUCGAGCGGGCUUGGCGGUCUCACUGUUUCGGAUGAUCCUCACUCUCGCCGAAACGGAGCUGGAGCUAACAAGUCUCCUGCUUAA